CAGACCCGGAUCGCCCGGCCCGAUCCACGCCUAUCAAUCACACAUCACACGAUGAUUGAUCGGGCUGGCCAGAAUUGUUCGUGGACUGAACGAUGAACACACCAGCAGCUAAAUCAACUUCGUCUCGACCGCUCGGCCGCUUCGCGCUCCACUCCACAACGACAUGCGCGACGCAAGCCUCGGCGUACGGAAAAUGCAUACUUGCCGUGUACACAGAUGUAUCGAAGGACGCGUGUCAGGAUGAGUUUGCAAAGUUUGGCAAGUGUAUGCGGGAUGCCAUGGGUAAGAAGUGGUGACGCCUAGGUAGGCUGACGGGGUCUCGGCUGUGGGCACCGCACCCACUUCUUCACAUCUUGCUUCAUCCACAAGGCACAGCAUCGAACGUAAUUAAGACAUGUCGAUUGGAAAGAUGGAGGACAGCAAUGCAAAUGUAAAAGUACAGCGCCACGCCAGGUGGACAGCGAGAUGUCUGGAUUGUAUAUACUGGAGUGACUCAGAGCGGGCGCAUCAAUCUCAAGUGUGGUUGCCAGCUGCCCAUUGAUACAUGGUGAAUGCUGACAAGAAUCAAGUCCUCCAGCUUGAUUUGGCUGUGACCUGUACCCACUCUCCACCGAGGAUCCGCAUCGUCUUCCAGAGGUUGCGUUUGUCGCUCCUGCCCAAGGUUUCAGAACGAAGAGCAAGCAGCUGAUCAGAAACAGACCUGGAUGAAGCGUUGAACGCAUUUGGCGACAUUUUUGGCGAGUUUGGCGCGAGUGAUAGGUCCUGGAGGACUGCGGAAGUCUUUGGUUGGGAUUUGGCGACUCCAUUGCCUGUAGCCUGGCCACUAAGGGAUCCAGGUGAGGACUAGGAGACUGUGUCAAACAGGAAAGACAAACCUCGAGCCGGAUUGAGACACUGG